AUGCUCUCUGAACCUGAGGGGGAAACGAUACAAUGUUCUCCUCUGUAGAUCCUGCAAAUAAAGGUGUUCAUUAAUCCUAAUAUUUGGAUUUUCUUGCUCUUGUCACUUUUCCUGCUAUGGCUGAAAUCAUCAUGUGUGAGCCGCUGGAGCUCUACAAUCUCCUCAACCAGCGCAACUGCGUGUCAAGGCUGGCAGAAAUCAACUACCUCUGUUUGAUAGGUGAGAGAUGGGCUUCAGCUCUGUGAUUGUGGUUAUUAUUGUGGAUUAUUACUUGACUUACUUGACUUAACUUAAUAACAGUUAGAUUGGCUUCAUUAUAACGGAAGAGUAAUUCAUUACAAACUUGUUGCACCAACUUUCUCACCUGUUUUGUGUCUCAUUUCUAGAUGCUCGAGAAGCUCAAGAUUACAGAAUUGGUCACAUCAUAACUGCUAAAAAUGCCAAAAUGGUACGGAUACAUGAUUGAUUAUUGUAUUAGCAGAUUUAAAAUACAUGUCUAUUCAAUCUGGUCCACCAGACUGAUGGAUAUCUAGAUAUCUCUCAAAGCACUAAGAAUUAUUGUUGGAAAACAGGAUAAUUUCUCUAUUGAUUAACAAUUUUUCACUGCAUGAGCUCACCUUUUGAACCCAGUAACAAUACACAGUGUGCCAUUAACCACGUACAGACGCAAUAGAGCACAAUUGAGCAUCUCAGAAUAAAGGGCAAUUUCAAAAGGCUUUCUACAGAGUCAAAAAUAUGUUGCUGGGUGCUACAAAAAAUAAUCAAAGUUGACCAUCAUCACUUUAACACAGCCGUAAAGCUCUGCGGUAUGAAGUUUAAAUCAUUAAACAGAGCAUCUAAGAUUGAAGUUGGCAUUGAACCUUUCGCUCCACGUAGAUUUGCUAAUGUCAGUUCCUGGUUACAUAGCAGGAUUCAUAUUAUCAAUUCAAAUCAAACAAUGCAGAACAUGUAUUUAAAGGUUUUGGUCCUGAAAAGUGCAAUGUUUCACUACUGAUAUCUGCGGAAAUAAAUAUCUAUCCAGCUAUUAUCUCAAAAUUGGGAAUGUGACGUCACUUCUUUGAAUUUAUUGUCAUACUGCAUGAGUUAGUAUGCUUAUUAAGCUCAGUCUGCAUCAUCCUGCAUCAAAACAAAGAGGAAAAGUCUUCCUCAAAUUGCUCCUGUUAAUCUUCAUAAGUCCCUGUGACAAAGCUCCGCCUCAGUUCCAGGUAUUUCACUAUAAAUAUAGAAUCUUUUUGUCUCUUUUUCAGGAUUCAGAGGGUUCAUUCCUCCUGCCAGAAGCCAUGGAGGUGGACAGUAUGCACCAUGUGGUGGUCUAUGAUGGGAACACUUGUUGUUUAGAGCAGCAAGGUAAAUGGGAAAAGUGUUACAGAGAAAAUGCUUUGUGUAAAGUAGCUCUGGAGUGUAUAUCUGCAAAACAAAAUUUAUAAAAAGGAAAAAAUGUAAACUCAGCAGAGACAAUGAACUUCUCCAAUCAAACUACACUUGACCUCUGAAUUUUGUCCAUGUUGCUUUCCAUGGCAACAUGCCUGCAGUUUUGACCUGGCAAUACCUCAAUUAUGCUCCUUGGUCAUAUAUGUAGGAAUUUUAUGAGUUAUUUUGUGAUUGUGAUUGCAGGAAGAGCAGCUGAAUGCGCCCGGGCCUUUGCUGAAGCCAGCCUCUAUCCAGUCAAGUUACUUAGCGGAGGCUUUCAGAGAUUCUCGGCUCUGUACACUUUUUUAAGUACUGAAAAAAUCAUCUACACCAUCACGGUAGGACAAACAAACCCAAGCUCAUAGAUUAUACGUCUGAGAUUAUACGACUGAACAUGCAUGUGAUAUGCACCUGAAAGACGUGCAAUAUAUCAGCUGAAGUUUAAUUUGAGAUGACACUAUUUCAAGUCUCUGUAACUCAGGGCGUGUGAUUUCACACUGAGCUGAGCUAAACCAGCGCCUCACUUCAUGAUUUUCCUGCACUAGUUUUUUAGGUUCUCCAAUCAAUACAAAACCCCACAAGUCCAGUAACAUAUGGCAAAACAGAGAUUUUGAAUGUCCCAUUUGAUAUGAGUAUUCUGUAAAAGGUUCCUUGUGACAAACUUUUGUUAGUAACAGAUAAAAUAUACCUCUGGGCUAUUUUAGGAACUGGAAAACCUGAAGACUUAUCCAGUUGAGAUCAUGACAGGACUGCUGUAUAUGGGUGACCAAAAACAAAGCAUGGACUCCAGUAUCCUCAAGGACCUGAAGAUCAGUGCUGUUCUCAGUACCUCAGAGAGUGACACCUUGGAGUAAGGCAGGACAGGAUAUGAGAAAUGUUAUUAGACAUGAUUUUGAACAUCACAUUUUUAUAUAUCUUCGAUCUGCUUUUGAACUCUUAAAAAAAACCUUUUAGAUCCAGAUCCAUUAAAGGAGGUCGGCCCAUCCUAACCAUCCCCGUGGCCGACUCAGUGGUGUCAGAUUUGUAUUCAAGUUUUGAAAAGAUUUGUAGUUUUAUAGGUAAGUUAGAUCAAUGCAAUAAUAAAACUUAUUAAGGUGUUUCAAAUAUUCCUAAUUAAGUCCUAUGAAUUCAUUUAAAAAGUAGUAAACCCUAAAAAGCUGUUGCAAAAAAGUGUAUCCGCUAAAAUCCCUUACUGGAGCUUUAAAAUACAUGCAUUUUUCCUGUUUUCUGCCCACAGAUGUCCUGGAGGUUUGACAUCAUUUAGAAUAACAACAUAUGAUUUUAUGUACAUUGUUACAUCAUGUAUAAACCAUGCUUUACAGACUUUUUGAGCAGCACAUGGUAUUUGCAGAGUAAAAUUUUUGUUUAAUUGUUCAUUAAUGAGUUAGUGACUUGGCCCAAUAGCGCUGAAAUGUUUUGUUAGAUUAAACUUCUUUAUUCUAUUUUCAGGUUCACACAUCAACAAUGGCUCUCAUGUUUUGAUUGUUUCCACUCUGGGCAGAAGUCGCUGCAGUGCCUUAACCAUCGCUUUUCUCAUGUACCGCCUUAAAUACACACUGGAGGCAAGUGGGAUUCACGCAGUGCCAUUAAUGUUGUGGUCCAAAGACUUAAAGUGUGAUCUGAAGCAAACAAGUGAACAAUUGUAAUCCCUGGUGAAAAGAAAAAAAUAACUUAAAUCUAAAUUUAAAGUUUUCAUUUGUUAAUUUGAGAUUUAAAAAAAAAGACAAACUGGCUCGAGCUGCAUAUUUGCUCUGGUACUAAAAUAUCCAUUUGAAAAUGUGACAAAACCUAGCAUCUCAUUCCAGUACAUAACACCUUUGGUUUAACUUUUCAGGAGGCUUGGAGGUACAUGCUGACAUGUAAACCCAACAUGAGGCCCAACACGGGGUUUCUGCAACAGCUGUCUGAAUGGGAGCUUCACACUCAGGGAGCCAAAGUGACUGAAAUCUCUGAUCCUCUGUUUAACUAAGGGAAAAAAAGUAGUUUAUAUUCUUGUUGGGCAAUAAAGACAAAUUAUUUCAGGUACACAAUCAGGAAAAAGCAAUCAGGGUGAUCUGCUUUUGUUGUAUUUAAUAUGAGGAUACUCUAAGCACAUUAAACAUCACAAGUGUUUAGCUUUGGUCAUGUAGGCAAUCACAAAAAGGCUCUUUUUUUCUAUUAAAGCGUCAUAGAAUCUAAUAUUAGUUUUAUUUUUAUUACUGCCAAUGUUUCUAACAAUACUAGAGAUGGCAGUUUGUCCUCUGGGGUUACAUAAUAUGUUCCCCUAAAAAUACAGGCUGCAUGCCAACCUGUCAGACAUUCAUAUUUCCCGAUACUUGCCUUCCAGGAAUCAAAGUGUUUUCCUUUCAGAAAAGCCGUCAAACACCUCUGGAAAAGAUCUGAAUUUGCCAUUACCGCUUUAAAUAGCUGUGAUGAGACACGAUGUUUGUAUAAACAUCUAAAAAAACGUGCUUACAGUAAAGAAUUUUUGAGAAGAAAGAGCGUUUCCUCGCAGGCUAAACUCGGGGCACAGUAGUUUGAAGUGGUUGUUUAAAGGCGCUGCAGUUGAUUUGCUGAUAAGAAGAUCCAAAAUCACCAAAGCGACGUCUGAUUCGCAACGUCGGUGCGUUCAGUGCUCGUCACGUGACACACGCCGGAACUGUGGAAGUUUGUAAAGUCUCUCUUGUUAGCUAGGCUGAAACCGAAUCUUAUAACCACAAAAUAAAACAUAAAAAUA